AUGACUCAAGUAAAGAAAUUGGUAAUUAUAAACACAAAGGGGGUGUAUGUCUGGUUGUGUUGUGUUCUGAUAGGGAUUAGUAUGGUCUUGGGUGGUACAGGUAGCAAGUCAAGUACUGAGAUAGCAGAAGAAGAGAUGGAGCCAAAUGCAAUGGCCAAUCCAACUAAUCUAUCACUCAAACCAGAAUUAAAGAAGACUAAAGAAGGAUUAAUCGCAGGCUUAAAAUGGUUUGAGAUAGUUGACGAGAAAACCGAUUACACCUUGACAGAACUUAACACGGCAGCAACGAACGCACAAUUUACAAGAUGGAAACUUAAGUUUAACUCAAGAAAAGCUUCGAAGAAAAGUAAAUGCUUGAUUUGGCUGCUAGCUAGUUCAAGUACCCAAAACCCAAUCAUCAAAAGCAUUCAAUCUAACAAUAUCAUAACACUCAUAGAGGAUACUCUAGAUGUCUCCACUCAUUAUUUUCCAACGGCUAAUGGGGCCACAAAAAACAAAGAAUCCGCCUCAGCGAAAGCACUCUUAGAUUUGUUGCAAGAUAAACAUCCGCUUGAAAUAGAAAUACAUUAUUUGGUCAAUACAGACUCAGCAAGCUGCUUCGCUUCCCAGUUCAGUACUUCAUCCGCACUUGAAAGCAUUCCAGACCACAGGAUAGUUUAUGCGAUUGAGUGGUUUGUUUUGAUAAGAGAAGAUAUCGAUUAUUGGAGACCAAGACUUCAACAGAUUCAGACGAAAUACAUAGACAUGAAUCUCCCAACCAUAUUCGAUGAAAGUGCCCAAGAGUUAUACAACAAAAAGGUGGAGGUUGCCGGGACAGCAUUAGUCAAGAAACUAAAGAAAGACUUCAAGAUAAACUCGCUCCCCAUCUCAAGUGAAUGUACCGCGAGAAAUUAUAUUGACAUGUGGAACAUGCUUGGUCACAUCACCUGGAAAUUUAACAUCUACGCAAAUAAUUACGAUGACGACAUGAACAUUGCGUGUUUUAUUUAUCUGAGCCCUUGCCCAGCUACCCCAAACAGGGCCGAUUCAGAGAAAGAACCCAACAGGCCGCUGGAAAUAAUUAAAUCCGAUGGCCUCACAUGCAUUUCCGGGUCCAUAACAACAGACCCCAAAUCCCACCAAAUAAGUCUCUUAUCAGCUCUAGUAAAUAUCAAGAUAAACUUCGUAAUCGAAAUUCGUUGGGAAACGAACACAAGCACGGCAAUCAGCUCAGCACCAUCAGCCAGCAUCCACCCCACAUCUGAAGAGGUGCUAAACGGGUCGCAAAGGACACAACUUAGAUUUAAGUGGGUUAUAGAAGAAAGGCACUUCAAAAUGUUCGAGGAAGUAAUUAACCGGUUCGAAAGACAAUACAAUAUUAGUAUACCGGUCAGAAUUGCUGAUCAGCUAUCGCUAUCCUAA